AUGGCCGAGGAGGAGUCGGAAGAAAAGGAGGCCAUCCCAGACGACGAGGUGGAGCGAUUGGAGCUUCUCCUCUCGCUGCCCCGGACCGGUCCUCCUUCGCGCCCGAAACUGAGAUCAGCAAAGUCCGGUCUCGGUGAUGCCUUCGACAACGUGCACGCCUAUGGCUACUUGCACGACUUGGCCAUCCGAUCCCAGCAAAACAGUCGCGUUACGAUCCCGCCGGUUGUGUGGCUGCGGCGUCAGUGGAGGCUGUUGCAGGACGUCACGGCGGCACAGCUGACGACGCAACUCCUCCGCCGGGAGCAGCUGACCGGUCUGCUCUUGGACGGCAUCGUCAGCGAGAGCAAAAAGCGGGGCCUCUUCAAAAAGACCAGCUACCCGGACUAUUUGCAGCAGGCGCGCUUUGUGUACAGCGUGAGCCGCGAGAGUAUGUUGCUUGGCCUGCAACUGAAGCAUCGAGCUUGA